AUCGCCAAUCUCAAAGAUUCAAGUUACAAUUAUCCUCGACAAUUCAAGCUUGAUUGAUAAUACAAAUUCUAGCUCUAAUUUGAAAACAUAUCACAUCGCAAAUGAGGUCCGCAGUGUUACCCGGCUUCGUGGCCGGGCUUUUGAGCCAAUAUGCGGCGGCAGAGACACAGGCUUCGUCCGCUACGAGUUUCGAUUGGACUUCCCUAAAGCCAUCUACUUCUCUCGAGUACACUCCUUGCUACGAAGAAUUCAAGUGUGCUAAAUUAUCAGUUCCGCUCGACUGGCUCAACAACUCUACUUCGGUUAAUGGCACAUCUCGUGUCAACAUAGCUAUCAUCACCCUUCCAGCUACAGUAGACGAGAGCGACCCCUCAUUCGGCGGGACCAUCAUCACCAACCCGGGCGGGCCAGGCGGCUCCGGUGUAUCUUUCUUGUUACAAGCAGGCAAGACCAUGCAAAAGAUUGCGGACGACACUAAGCACUACGAAUUCCUCUCCUUUGACCCGCGCGGUGUUUCUUACUCCGAGCCCAAGGCUGACUGCUUCAAUGAUGAGUUUUCACGCGAUUAUAACACCCUGGAAGUCCGUGCUAUGGGACCCUUAGAUUCCGGGCUGAACGUCGUGAGGCGACAAAAAUCGCUGUACGGCUCGUACGGGAAGCUGUGCGCAUCUGGCUCCGAAAUCCUUUCUUACAUGUCCACAGCAAGCGUGGCGAGGGAUAUGGUUGAGAUCGUGGACAAGAUCGAAGAGUUACGGAAUACGAACGUUACUACUAACACGAAACUGCGAUCCCGUGGAGGACUUCGACGAGUGAACCAGCGAGAAGAGAAAGAUGUCGCCAGGAUCCAGUAUUGGGGGCUCUCAUAUGGAACAUUCCUCGGAAACUCUUUCGCUUCUAUGUUUCCCGGCCGUGUUGGUCGCAUGAUCCUAGAAGGUGUCGUGGAUGCCCCUGACUACGUCGCCGGUCUCUGGUCCACAAACCUACAAGACACACAAAAGGAUUUCGCAACAUUAUACAGCACAUGCUAUGACGCGGGCAGCAACUGCUCCCUAUACCAAACCAACGACACCAGCCCCUCCAACAUCCAGCACCGCGUCGAAGCCCUACUAGACACCCUCGACGAAUCGCCCGCACAAUACGUAUCCGGAAGCCACAUCGAAGGAAUCACCCGCACCGACGUAAUCAACCUAAUCUUCCAAGCCCUCUACCAACCACAACUCUACUUCCCAACCGUCGCCAGCGUCCUCUCCGACGCCAUGGCCGGCAACUUCACCACCCUGUACCUAAGCCUCGGCAUCCCCUCAGCCUCCAACUUCUGCCCCUCGCCGGCCCCAACAUCCUACACCUGGGAAUCCGACGCCCUCUACGGCGUGGGCUGCGGCGACGCCGUCCCUCAAACCGCCGUCAGCGCCAAAGACUUCGUCUCCUACGUCUCGGAGCUCAAAGCGCAAUCCCCGGACUUCGCCGCGACCUGGGCCAGCAUCCGCCUCGCAUGCACGGGGUGGCGUCUGCGUCCGAAAUACCGGUUCCAAGGACCCUUCACGACACCGGAAUCCGACCCGUCUAACGUCGCGGGUAAACCUUCUGCGCCGUUGCUGUUCUUAACUAGCCAGUACGACCCCGUGACCCCCGCCCGCAACGCGGUCAACAUGGCGAAGCAACACCCCGGGUCGGGGGUUCUGGUGCAGGAUAACCCGGGCCAUGCGACGCUGCUUGUGCCGGGGAAGUGUCGCGACGAGCAUGUGCGGAAGUACUUCGCGGAGGGCGUGGUGCCGCCUGUAGGCACCGUGUGUCAGCCUGAUUGCAAGCCUUUUGAGGAGUGUCCUGAGGCGAUCGCGACGAAUAUGAAGAGGGGGCUGGAGGGCGCGGCUCCGGUGCCGGAGUGGUUGACGCACGGGAGGUUGCCUUUGGGGAUUACGGGUUAACCUAUGGGUCGAUUGAUGAUAGGGAAUGGGUUACGGGUGGGAAAUGGAUUUAGGUAUUUUGCUACUUAGGUAGAUGGGUAGGGUAUAUAUACUAGGUACUUAGGACGUGAUCAUAUGGGAUUCACGAGUUAUUUAUAAUAGACGUGGAAAAGCU